AUGAGAUACGGUCUGAUAGCCUGGGGAGGGACAACAGCCACAAACCUCCACAGAGUGCUUGUCAUCCAAAAAAGAGCAAUCAGAACUUUAAAAGGCCUUGGACCACUGGACACAUGCCGAGCAGCCUUCAAGAGUCUAGAAAACAGAGAAGAACAAAUUGAAGAAUUGCAACAGCAGCUUGCUCAAGCAAAUGCUAGUCUUGCUGAAAGUAAAGAGAUAAUCACUCAACUGAGAGCACAACUUAAAUCUAAACCAAGCAAACAAGGGGAGUCUCCAAGACGGAAGAAGAUGGAAAAGGAGCUGUCUGAAGCCCAGAGCAGGCUGAAGUUACUAGAGGCCAGAGUAGCAGAUGCAGAGAAUGAUGCUGAAGUGAAAGCAGAAGAGAUGACAGAAAUGGUAAUUCAGCUGAGAGAAUAUGAAACUGGAGUGUUUGGCUUGCCCGAAGCAAUGGAACAAAUCAAAGAACUCCAAAAACAGAAGAAGAUCAGAGAUAGGCACAUUGAGCAGUUGAUUCAGGCUGGGAAUCAACUGCAGGCAGAUGCCAACUUACUCGAAGAGGAAAAUCUUGCUCUGAGAGAAAAGUUAGGGUUAGACGUGGAUGCAGUUGUCAGAGUGGAUGGAGUGUUGGCCAAGUACAAGGCUGACCAGACAAAGCUUAGUGAGAUAACUCAGCAGCUGGAGUCAGCAAACAACACUCAACUUACACUUAAAGUACAGAAUAGAAUCUUUAAAAAGACUAUUAGCCGGUUGAAAAGUCAACUGAAGAAUGUUGGGUAUGAGCCAGAGGUGAUCAGCUCCGAGGAAGACUCUUCUCGCCAACCCCCAGUUGUUGUUCAAGGUAUUAGUGAAGAAACCAAAGAAAUGUUGAUCAGAGAAGCAGAACUACUGGAGAAUAAACUCAAGGAUGUCGUAGAUGAGAAUGAAGCUCUUAGAAAAGGCAUGCAUGAAAUCCUUGACAGUGUUCGUAGCCAUGAUGGAGCAAGUACAGUGCAAAUAGAAUCUGCCUGUCUGGAACGGUUACUGGAGGCUCUGGACUCCAGACACUUGAGCGGAUGGUAUCACCCUGCCAUGAGACUUCAAGCCCAGUUAAACAUGGUAGAAGGAAAUAACGCUGCUCUUAGAGAGCAACUUAGAAAUUCCAGAUUAAGUGAACACGAGGCAUCAAUAAAACUUCAAAAAGCUUUGAGUCAAGUUGAGGUUUUGCAACAUGAACUCCAAAACUUUGCUGCUAAACCCUUUAGGGAAGGGACGCCAGGUGAUGUGCAAUCGCCAGAAGCCCAAGAUUUCAAAGGUUCUCAGGAUCCUGAAAAGGAAAACGGUUACCACACAAAACUAGAGCAAGAUUUAUCAAACCUCGUGAAGAAGCUGAGUGAAACAGAGUUGUCGAUGGCUGAGCAGAAGGAGAUAUAUGAAAGUGAUAAGGAAAGUUGGCAGAAUGUGAGGGCAGGUCUGCAGAAUGAGGUUGAUACUCUCACAGAGAAAGUAGCAGUUCUGUCUGCAGAAGUUAAAGAAUACUCCGAAAAUUGGAAGACACUAGAAGAAGAUCCGGAUACUAUGAAAAGUUCACUAGCAAAUGCUACGAUUAGGUUGGCUGCUAUUUGUGCAGAAAAUGAAAAGUUAAAAAGAAAAUGCUCAGUUCUACAAGAGUUGGAUUUGCGAGCUAGGAAUAACAGAGACAUGCUUCAAGAAGAGCUGGCAGCAGUUCAACAAACUUCAGUUCACAAAAUAGAAGAAUUGAAACAAGAAAAGAAUAAAUUGGAAGCAGAUUUCCAAAUGCUGAAAAAUAUACAUGCAGAAUGCUUUUCUUACAAUGAACUUGAAGAACUGAGGCUGGAAUUCAACAAAUUGACUGUUAAGCACAGAGAGCUCCUUGCCAACAAAACUAUAAUAGAUCAAAUGAACAGCAAGUUAAUUAACCAACUCAAGGUAGAAAUUAGUCAAUACCAGGAGAGUUUUGAUAAAAUAAUUACUAAAUCUGAAGAUGCAAAUCAGAUAUCUGAUAAACAGAAGUCUUUGAUUUCUAAUAAACAAACUGAAGAGAUUAGUAAAGACAUGAAGAGUCAUUCGGAAAAAAUGUACAAACUUGUGAAAGAUCAGCUGAAGGAGUCCGAAGACCACUGUAAGGACUUAGAGAAACAGUUGGCAGCACUGGUCCAGCAGAAUCUGACCUCACAGUUGGCAGAGGCAGAGCUUCGGGACCAGCUUGUGGACAGUGUGCCUCACUCUCGCUUUAUCGAUGUCAAGACGCAGCUGACAAACAGUGAAAAACUUAUUGUAGAGCUGAAGGCAGAAAGCAUCAGACUGCAAGAGAGUGUGGUUCAAGCUGAGAGUCGCGUGAAAGAUCUGGAACAGUUGAGACACUGUCACGGCUACCAACACGAUGCUCUGCAGCGCCAAGUGUUGGAACUGACUGCAUCAAGCGAAGACAAGCUCACCAUCGGUCGCUUGACAAGAGAGCUGUUGAGGGCCCAGGAAAGUGAGCUGGCCUCUGCUGAUCAAGUGAAGGAGCUGAAGGACAAAAUAGAAAAAUUGGAAAACUUAUGUUCACAACAAGAAACCAAGAUGAAAACUCUUCAAGAUCACCAUUGUUCUGAGAAAACUGAUAUGAAAAAUAAGUACAGGUGGCUGUCAAGAACUGUCAGUGAGCUGCACCAGCGCUAUCUGGGUCACAUGUCGCUGCUGUCAGAAGAGAGUCUCCAGGCUCUACUGGCUCAGGCAAAUUUUGAAAAAACAAACGCCUUACAGUUGGCCAUGACUUCGCAUAGUACUGACAAGCUUAUGGAAAUUCUGAAAGAUAAAAUCAAUGGUGUAGAGGGAAAUACAGCUCUCAAAUUACAGGAACUGAAACUAAAAGUCAAUGUCCAAACUUUGGAAUCACAACUACAUCAAACUGAAGGACAGUUGCAGAGGAUAGAAAAAGUGAAUUCUAUUCUACAAGAAGAGUUAUUAAACCAAGAAAAAAUUUGGGAAAAGAAGCAACUAAUAUGGGAACAGAAAUUGCUGAAAAUUACAGCAGAUUCUGAAAAUACAGAUGAGAAGGUCCCACCGAUUGAUAAUGAAUUUCAAGAUCAGAAUAAAAAGGCACCACAAAAUAUUACUGAGGAGAAAGUUGAAUCAUUGUCAAAAAAUACAAACAAGAAAGAAGAAAAAGAAACAAUGACUUCACCGAAAACGAAGGACUUUCCUGAAUCACCAUUUAUAAUUGAAUCGGAAAAUUUAAAAAUCUUAAACAACCAACUGAAUCAGGUAACAAUGGUUAUGAAUGAGCAGACCAAGAAAUUGAACUUGUGUGAAACAGAAAUGACGGAGCUUCGGAGUAGAGUGGAGGCUUUGAGGAAACAGUUGGACGAAAAAGAAAGAAAACUGGAAGACAAAGAAAGAGAAUUACUAGAGCUACACACUUCCAUUGCUGAUAAAGACCAAAUUAAACUUGAAGAAGAAUCCACUGAAAUUCUUGCCUUAAAGGCAACGGUGGCCAGCCUGCAGAACAUUGUGAACCAGAAGGAGGAGACCAUAGGCAGAUACCAGAAUCUGCUCCAGGAGUGCAGAGACGAGCACAGUGCCACGGUUGCCAACCUCCAGAAGGAGCUGAGCAAUCUCCAGUUGACCCUGGACAAAAAGGAAAUUUCUUUUGCUAAAGAGAAGAGCAAGGACAAUGAAGGAGACAGGAGCUCAGCAAUGAAGGUUAUUCUAGAGCGGUACCUGGCUAGAGUACGGCAGCUGGAGGAUGACCUGGCACAGUGCCGGGACCAAGCCGCACGACUGGCACUGGAACUGAGCAACAGUCAGCAGCAGACCGAGCGCUGGACUCACACGGCCGAGGAGCGGCUCAAGACCAUUCAGGAGAUGAAGCAGAGAUUGGACAGCGCCAGGAGUAAAGAAUAUUUAACUGAUUCCAAUUCAGACCUGAUGGAAAAAUCUACAGAAAUUGGCGAGCUGAACAAAAUUAUAUCUAAUCUCAAGUCUAAACUCGAUUCUAAGGAGUCAGUGUCUGCUACUAGGGAUCGCUUGAGAGGAGAGCUGGACCGAGCAAACAAGAAAUUGGAAGUUGUUCAGAAUCAAAAUACGGAGCUCAAAACUGAAGUUCAGAGAUUAAGGAAGCAACUCACUCUCAGACAGAGUAGUACUCCUAAGUCUGAAACAGUGAGUACAGCUCGAGAAGAGGUUUUGCAGAAGAAGAUUAAACAAUUAGAGGAACAACUAACCGAAUAUCAAGAAAUCAUACAAAGGGGAAAGGAGAUUCACAAGUCAAAGUGUGAUGAAGAAUUUGGGAAAUGGGAAGAAAGAAAGCGAUGGCAAGCCAGCAACGAGAAACUGAAGACACACUUAAAAGAAAAGAGUAGUCAAGUGGAAGCGUUAAGGGCCAACGUUGAGAGAUUAAAAGAAACAAUAAUUCGUUUAGAGAAAGAAAAAAUUACCCUUGAAGGAAAAUUGAAAUCAACAAAAGCUCCCAACAUAUCCCAAAGUCUAAUUGACGAGCUUGAAAGAGACAGAGCAAAACUCCAAGAAGAACUCAAGGCUGUUAGAAUAACAAAUCAGAUAAAGUCCUCCCCGGGUUCAUCAUUGGCAGAUGUAGUCGAGGCUCAAGAAAGAAAGAUAGCUACUUUAAAAAUUGCACAAAAGGGUGAAUCUGCAUUAGCUGAAGAAGUAGAACGGCUUUUAGAGAGAAAAAGCAGAUUGCAACAAACAAAUUUGAGAUUAGAAGCUCAAAAUUUGGAACUAAAAAUGCAACUUGAAAAGCAUCGCUUGACCGACUUAACACCACGUGAUCCACAGGAUUUGAACUCGGAAACUGAAAGUGUUGGGGCCUCUCCGAAAGGGCGAAAUAAAACCAGUAAGCAGCGCGGGGACUUGGAACGAGCAGUUGUUGUAUUGAAACGGGUCGUAGAAAAAUUACAAGCAGAGAACAAGAAACUACACGCUGCAAGGUUAAGUGAUGUCCACGACAAGGGUUAUGUUGAGAAACUGCAAAUAGAGUUACAGAGAUGCCAGGAGAACUAUUUAGAUUCUGUGGAUAAGUGCUCAAUUCUGGAGGAGGAGCUACAAAAAUGCAAGGAGAAACUGAAGCUCUUCGAGCACGAUGAUUUAGCGGAGGAACUUAUUUUAACAAAAUCUCAACUUGCUCAAAAGUGUCAACUACUCAGCAAGGUCAAAGUACUUCUGGAAAAUGCAGUCAUUCGUGAGAAAGCCCUCAAAGAGCAGGUGUAUGACCUGGAGAAACUGGUACCUCCUGAGCGUCUCCGAGGAACGUAUCAUGAGAGAAAAACAUAACAGGUGACUGGUCACCCAAAUUGCCUUUCCAGUUUGAUCUCCCAGUGUUGGAUU